AUGAACAACUUACAAAGCAUACUAAUUUGGAUUGAUGGAGUCUUUGAUAAAGAAUUUGAAGAAAAAGAAUUAUAUAAAGAUUUGGAAUUAAAUACAUUAAAUUCAAUAGUUAAUGAUGGUUGUGUUGGUCAACUUUUAUAUUCUCAAAAAGAUACAACAACCAAUAAAGAUACAUUUGGAGAAUUUCAAGAAUUAUUAGGUUUUAAACAUGAUGAAAAAUUAACGGAACAAUCUUUCAAAGAGAAAUAUAUGGAUUUAAAGAUUAAAUUAAUAAGUAAUAUAGAAAAAGAAUUAUGUAUAUUUAGUGAUAGUGUAAAAUUAGAUACUCAAAAACAAACAAAUCAAGAAUUAUUAGAUACAAUUUCUGAAUCAAAUGAACAAUUAAUAAUGAUUCAUUAUCAAACUAUUAAUAAUUCAUUAGAAGAGAGAAGAAAAACAUUAUUUAAUAUUGAUUUAAUUUUAUCAAAUUUAUUAAAAAAAAAUCAAAAUGAUGGUAAUAAUAAUAAAAAUUAUUAUAUUAAUAUUGUAAUUGGUUAUAGUCAAACAAAUAUAGAAAUACCAUUAACUGCUCAACAACAACAACAAUCUACAAACAUACCAAAUUGGUUUAAUUUACCAAAACAAAGUUAUACACUCUCAAAUAGUUUACCAUAUGAUCCAAGAUUAACAUCUCCAUUAUUCACAAUUCAUUAUAAUUCAAUUUUUACAAGAAAAGAUAAUACUAAAUCAUUUUGUGAAUCUGAAUUUAUUAAUGGAUCAAAUGGUAAAAUUUUAUUAUUUCAACAUUUUAGAGAAUUAGCUUUCAAAUUAGGUAAAGUACCAAAAUAUGGUGCUUAA